GAAUGUAAGUGAAGCUUCCUUCCGGGCACAUGGACUGUUAGAAGCUACUAAUGGCUUGAUCAGAAUAUAUAUUUGCGUCUUAGUGCUGAUAGGACUUCGUCAAUGCAAAUCGAAUAAUGGCCCAGGUACUGAACGGCGGUCAUACCGCCACUGCCCAGUGUGUGGACGUCCAGGCCACAAAGUCGCGUGUAGCAACCGGAGGUGAAAACGGUGAGCUGUGCCUCUGGUCCCUCUCAUCGGGGGAACUCCUCGACAAGUUCGUCAAACCAGACACCGAUUGCACCUCCGUUCUGUUCUCAAAGUCAAAACCAAACGUCCUGUUUGCGGCAUUUGGACAGGAAGUUCUGAUAUUUGAUACCGAUGCCGACUUCCAGAUUCCCAUUCACACUUUUCAGUACAACCAAGAGGAGAUAAAUCAAAUUCAAAUGGAUGACAAAGAGGACUUUUUAGCAGCAUGUGAUGAUUCCGGUGAAAUUAAAGUCAUCAAUGUCAAUGAAAGAAAAAUAUUUAAAACCUUGCGUAAUAAACAUACAAACAUUUGCUCAACGCUUCAUUUCCGACCAGGAAAGCCAUGGGACUUGUACAGUGGGGGCUUGGACUGUAAACUUAUUCACUGGGACUUUGCCAAGCUGAAAGCCCUGAAUCAGUUCAACAUGCAGGAAAUGCAGGUAACGAACGUGGAUGCUUCGGCCUAUAUGGUGAACCCGCCGUUCGUUCAUCACAUCGACACAUCACCCAAUGGCAAAUAUCUUGCGUGUGCACUGGAAAAUGGCCAGAUCGAGGUGUUUGAUACGACCCGGAGACACAUACGAGAGAUCUUCAGUCUCUAUGCUCAUGGUCAAGGGGUUUCUCAGGUCAGCUUCCUCAACGAUGAUGUGUUGGUGUCAGGCGGAAAUGAUUGUCAGAUCUCACUGUGGGACCUGAACAAAUCGGAACAAUAUCAACCUCAAGAACAUCAGUUGGUAACCAACGGCCAUGGAUCGGUCACCUUGGACACCAAAAAUGCCACUAUUUCAGAGCUUUGUAAAAUACGAUCCAUCAACCACAGUGCUAAGAUCAACUGGUUGAAACCGUACACGGUCUCGGGGCAGAAUUUUGUCGCUGCUGCAGAUCAGACAUCACGCAUAUCGCUGCUGUCAUUAGUUUAGUGGAACAAACAGAAUGACACUGAGUCUCUCUUCCAAUUAAUGGCCUUUUCCAACCACACUCUGGCUGACAGUUUCAUUUACUAAAGCAUUGGAACUGUGGUAUUCUUAGAAUGGCUUCUUUAAAGUAUUUAUGAUUGGAUGAAAAGAAAGAGAGAGAAAAAUGUAUGUAAAAAAGAUAAGUGAAAUAGUUAUUUCCAUUCCUUGCAAAUCUUCAACGAUUUUCAUUGCAUAUACAUGUAUGGUUUUAAAAAAUUAUAUCUGUUUUUGAAAAAGACUCGUGAAGUUCAUCUUCCUGAGGCAAGGGAGUUAACUGACUAUAAAAGUCAAGUUUCCACCCUUGCUGAACUAGGCUGGAAUUUCCCAGCUCGAUCGUAGCACCACCAGUAACUAUUCCCACCAGUUAUGUC